AGAAGAAGCGGCACGGAAGAAGAAGAAGAACGACCAAUAGAAAGUUGACAGGAGGCUGUUGGUUGCAGUGCAGCAGAAUGCGUGGAGAACUUUUAUUUUCGUUAUUUAUCCUUUUUAUAUUCUACUAUGACUCUGGUGACGCACAGAAGAAAAAAGAGACUCUCCUUUCUGAGAAAGUGUCCCAGAUGAUGGAGUGGACCUCCAAACGUUCUGUCAUUCGAAUGAAUGGCGAUAAAUUUCGCCGCUUUGUCAAGGCUCCUCCCAGAAACUACUCUGUGAUCAUCAUGUUUACAGCAUUGCAACCACACAGGCAAUGUGGAGUCUGCAGACAAGCCGAUGAAGAAUUUCAAGUGCUGGCAAACUCCUGGCGUUAUUCCUCUGCCUUUACCAACAAGGUCUUCUUUGCAUCGGUCGAUUUUGAUGAAGGAUCGGAUGUCUUUCAGAUGCUUAAUAUGAACUCUGCGCCCACAUUUCUCCAUUUCCCUGCCAAAGGGAAGACCCGUAAGUCUGAUAACUACGAGCUCCAGGUCAAAGGCUUUGCAGCUGAGCAACUGGCGAGGUGGGUGGCGGACCGGACUAAUGUGCAGAUCCGAGUCAUUCGUCCUCCAAACUAUGCUGGGCCUCUCCUUCUUGGUUUUCUCCUCGCUGUUAUUGGUGGACUGGCAUAUCUACGAAGGAACAAUUUGGAGUUUCUCUUUAACAACAAUGUGUGGGCCUUCUCUGCACUGUGCUUUGUCCUGAUCAUGACCUCUGGCCAGAUGUGGAACCACAUCAGAGGACCCCCAUAUGCGCACAAAAACCCCAACACUGGCCAGAUUAGUUAUAUACACGGCAGCAGUCAGGCCCAGUUUGUGGCUGAGACUCAUAUUGUCCUUCUCUUCAAUGCUGCGGUUACCAUGGGAAUAGUGCUGUUGUGUGAGGCCGCUACCUCCGACGUAGACAUUGGAAAAAGGAAGAUUAUGUGUGUUGUAGGUAUCGCUCUGGUGGUGCUGUUUUUCAGCUGGCUGCUGUCCAUUUUCAGAGCAAAGUAUCAUGGCUAUCCAUAUAGCUUCCUGAUGAGUUAAGACUGAACGACAUCCUCUGUCUGACUUUAAGUAGCCAAAGUGCCUCCAUUAUAAAUUUUAUUUUCACGGGUGAAAUGUCAGUUUUGUUACUGUAAGACGGGUUGAGCCAAAGAUGUUUGUAUUGUGUGGUGUAUGUGUCCACAUACACAUUCUUACCCAAUACUUUACAGACUUCCUUUGUUUUUGUCUUUCUGGCAGAGAGUAGUAUACCUACAAGUGAGAACGAGCAGUCAUCACACUUUAUGAUAAAUAUGUCAUCUUGCAAUUCUGUAGAAUAUUUUAUUCUAUUAGGAUAAUUUGGUUCAAAAUUUUGAUUUUGUCGAGUACCCUCUUUUUAUAUGGAAUCGUACUCGAGUAUGAAAAGCAUACUUUUGGAACAACAGAAAUGACUGAGUAAGAUGUUUUUUCUUUUUAAAUGCUGAAUUGUUAAUAAAUAACCUCUCUGUUCAAAACCAACAUUAACAAGUCGUGAUAAAUAUAUACUGAUAAUGAAAUAAAU